GAUUAAAGUUAAAAACGAAACGACGCCUGUCCUGUGGCGCGUACGACAGCCAAAUUUAUUGUUGUGGAUUUUUUGGUUUACAUUAAUAUUGUUUAUAAACCUUAUUUGUUUAACAAUCCGAAAUGGCGUCAGACGAUUCAGAACCAGAGCAGACAGAUCUUACCAUUGUAGAGGAAAGUUUGAUGAGUUUUGAAAAACUGGAUCGAUCAUCGCCAGAGUUGUGGCCAGAACAAACAAAUGAUGAAGUUCCAGGUGUUAGCGAGUUCGUUGCGCAAAACUCCGCGGCCUCGAAACCGGAACAGCCUUCUUGGACGACUUCCCUUUCGCCUAGCGAAAUUAAUCAGCUACACCAGCUGGGAAAUCUAUCGAUGGAUUUACUUAUAAAAGAAGUAAAGAAACUUCAUGACAUGGCUUACGAACUUGGUGUUGAAGAGGCAAGAGAAAUGACGCGUGGAAAGUAUUUAAACAUUUUUAAGCAUAAGUAAUUUAAAGGAAACUGUGAAUAUUAGUAUAAUGUAAGGACGAUAUUUUUGUAAAUAUAAUGGUUAAACUUAA